AUGAGAACCUCAACUCUGCUUGCUGGUGCCGUUGCGGCCCUUUCAAUUGGUACGAUGGCGGAAGCUGCGGCCAAGAAGGAUGACAACGUUGUCACCGUCACGGUGUACGGAACAUCAACAACCAACACCCACAAGUAUGGACGUUUCGACAAGACCAAGAAGUCUAGCGAGUCCAGUUCUACCGGAACUCACAAGUACGGAAGAUUCGACAAGACCAAGAAGUCUAGAGAGCCAAGCUCAACCGGAACCCACAAGUACGGCAGAUUCGACAAGACCAAGAAGUCUAGCGAGUCUAGCUCAACUGGAACUCACAAAUACGGUAGAUUCGACAAAACCAAGAAGUCCAGUGAGCCCACUUCAACCGGAACUCACAAGUACGGAAGAUUUGACAAGACCAAGAAGUCUAGAGCUCCAAGCUCGACCGGAACCCACAAGUAUGGAAGAUUCGACAAGACUGCCAGAGCCUCCACGACAACUGUUUUCGUCUUGCAAGAGAGAGGUGUUUCUAACGCCAGCAACAUCACAACUGCCUCUACCGACGGUGCUAAUGGCCUGAUGUCUGGCUCUGCCUUCUCGCUUGGUGCUGCUGCCGUUGCAAUUGGUGCUGUUUUGAUCAUCUAA